AACCUCCGCCCCUCAACUGAGCACGCACUGGAUGCUGGGAUUCUGCAGGCUCGGGAAAACGCCAUCUUUAAACCCCAGAAGAAAUCACAAUUGAGCGCCGGGGAUCAACGACACACAGUGCCUGCCUUGGUUUUUACAUUUUGCGGGCAUCGUCAUGAUCAGUUUGUUGACCGGCGAAACAAAUACGCAACUAAUUGAAAGAACUGUAAAUACUCAACCAAGUCACAUUGUAUGGUCUUAAAAUUGUACUAUCAGAAGGCUAACAUCAACAACAAUACUAGCUAAACGGAAAGACAACGGACGAAUAAUCAAGGCGUUGUUAUUCAGCUAGCUAACCUGUGUUGAAGGCGCUUUGACAUUACGUUGUUUUAAAAGGCUUGAUUUGGGACUCGACUGCGUGACUGCAGUUUUAGUCCCGACUUCACCCAUCCCCAGCGGCCCAGCCGGAGAUGCGUGGAAGAUGUCGGUUUCGGGGCUGAAGGCCGAACUGAAGUUUCUGGAGUCCAUUUUUGAUCCAAACCACGAACGCUUCCGAAUUAUUGACUGGAAACCGGAUGAGUUAAACUGUCAGUUUAAUGUGACUGGAGAAAAACUGUUGAUUAUACAUUGCAACAUUACGGAGUCGUACCCCUCCACACCUCCAAUCUGGUUUGUGGACUCUGAUGACCCGAGCCUGACACACGUGUUGGAACGCCUGGAGGAUGUCAGAAAGGGCAGCACCCUGUGCUGCUGCCUGUGCUCCCCAACUCAAACUGCCUGCUGGUACUGUCCCUCGGUCCCCCAGCUCCUGCAGCAGCUGAAGCGGCUCAUCUGUGACCUCUGUCGGCUGUACAACCUGCCCCAGCACCCAGAUGUAGAGAUGCUGGACCAGCCCCUCCCUGCCGGCCCUGUAGGACAAGACCGAAAGCAUGGGGUCACAGACGAGGUCACGUCCGAAGAGGAGGAAGAAGAGGAAAUGGGGGAGCAGGACAUUGAAGACCUGGACCACUAUGAGAUGAAAGAGGAGGAGCCAGUGGAUGGGAAAAAGUCUGAGGAUGACGGCAUCGAGAAGGAGAACCUGGCCAUCCUGGAGAAGAUCCGCAAGAACCAGAGGCAGGACCACUUGAACGUAAGUGCUCAUUCGGGUGCAGUGUCUGGUUCAGUGCAGGCCUCAGACCGCCUCAUGAAGGAGCUCCGGGAGAUAUACCGGUCCCAGAGUUACAAGAUGGGUAUCUAUUCAGUGGAGCUGGUCAAUGACAGCUUGUAUGAAUGGCACAUCAAGCUGAGGACUGUAGAUCCAGAUAGUCCCCUGCACAGUGACCUGCAGGUUUUAAAGGAAAAGGAGGGAAUGGAUUACAUUCUGCUCAACUUCUCAUAUAAAGAUAAUUUCCCCUUUGAUCCACCGUUUGUACGGGUGGCUUCUCCUGUGCUGUCUGGAGGUUAUGUUCUUGGAGGGGGUGCCCUGUGCAUGGAGCUUCUCACAAAACAGGGCUGGAGCAGUGCCUAUUCCAUAGAGUCCGUAAUCAUGCAGAUCAACGCCACUUUAGUCAAGGGAAAAGCCAGAGUGCAGUUUGGAGCCAAUAAGAACCAAUACAAUCUUGCCAGAGCACAGCAGUCAUACAAAUCCCUGGUCCAGAUCCAUGAAAAGAACGGCUGGUACACUCCCCCUAAGGAGGAUGGGUAAGAGGACUGUUGCCAUGCCUCCACUGGGACCACAUGUCUUAGGGUCAACCCCUUUCCCUCCCCAUACUUUUCUUUUCCCUCUAACUGGAGUUGUUUUCAUUGGGAGUUUGUUCCCCAGCCAGUUCCACCCAUUCUGUUAUCAUGAGAACCAACCAAUGGUUAAAACCCCCUCACUGACCAACCACCUCACUGACCUUAUCCACUUCUCAAUAGGGGAUCCACCCUCUCGCUAUUUAUCUUUCUCUCAUUUGUGCAAUCGCUUCCUUUGUUACAAUCUCACCCCUGAUCCCUUGAGCAUUGAAUGAACUCCAUAUCUUGUGCAACUCCCUUAAAUCCUACUCUGGGCAAGCAAAGAAGAGCUUACUUACUGCCUGUGAUUUCUGGUCAAGGUUGAGGCAUGGCUUUUGCUAGUGACUGAAGCUGUCUGUUAUGUGACUGGGGCUGAGAUUCUCCGGCCACAGACUGGAACAGAGAAUGACCGGUGACAUUGGAGGCUGGGAUGGACAAUGAAACACUGGUAGUGGGAAUGAGCACCACCUCACUCCCCAUUGAUGGCCUCUCAUGUCUGCUUGUGUAUCUGUAUAUUGCUAAGAUUCCUCCUUCUGGAAUAACAUGUCCUCCUGAGGCUUAUUUCCUUAAAAAUGCCUGGUCUACAAAAGCCAAAGGCCCUGAAUGGAGAGGAGAGCUAUAGACCCCUUACCAAAGUGGGACUGAGACAGCUUAAUGGAGGAUAUCCUGUUGAGCACAAGAGGUGUAGGCCGCCUCCUCCACCACCCAGCCCUCUCAGGCUGCUUUCGGAAAUAUGACCAGGCUUAGCAAAGGCAGGUUGGAUUUAAUCACUAUAAUGUAGUUGAAUUUAACUCCACAUGUAAAACUUGUAAAGUUGUAUUUCUGAGAAUUGAUUUCAUUGUUUUUAAUGUAACCUUGUGUGGGUCUUGGGGUUCGAGCGGGCCGAGACUGCGUUAGUAUACCCUUGGCUAUAGCAGGGGCAUCAAUCAAGGUGUAUUUUCAGACGUAGGAUAACAAACCAUUUGCUUCAUGGAUACUCUUGCAGAAGUUAAAAGGAACACCUUUAAACCAUGUUUUUAUGUAAGCAUAAUGACUACUAUUGUUUUUUGUUUUCCUGUAUAAAUUGAAAUACUUGCAUUUUUUUGUUAGUGGUUUGAUAUGUUCAAAAGUGACACCAUUCCUUUUACGCUAUGCGACAGUGGUGCUUUUUGGGCAUUCCAGAUAUGCUGGCUAAUUUCCCCGGUGACACAGACUUGAUGCACCUUUCAGUAAGGCUAUGCAUAUAAUCGUUAGGAAGUUAUAUGUACACGCAAUAAUUAGAAAACGGCUCAGUGCAGUCCCCUGCUUCAUUUGAAUCCAUGGUCUAACUAGCUUGUUCACACACUCAGAUCGCCCAUCCAUGCAUCUCAUUGCUGCAGUGGACUUCACUUCAUACCACAUGCUCAAUAAUAAAAUAUUUGUUGAUUUGAAAGAAAUAUUUUCAGGUCUGACUAUAAGGUGUGUGUAGUAAUGCCUUCAACAAAAGACUGAGCACCAGUGAUUUCCAUCCUUUGCCUCCCCUCUCUAGUACCUUAUUUUGUAUCUGAUUAUUCACUUAUGACCUGACCACCUCAUGAUCUUGGUUGUCAGUGAUGUAAGGAACCUUUUCAGUGGGGUCAUGAACCCCUAACUCAUGACCAUCCUCAGCACUGUCAAACCUGGAGCAUGCCAAGUAGCUAUAUGAAUAAUAUGCAGAAUAUUGUGUGACGCAUUUAAUUUAAUGUUAUUACACACAUUAAUGUUUUUUUUGUGGGGGUAUUAUCCACGUUAGAAGUAUGUUGUCGCAAAAACCAGCAUAGGAACCAGCUUGUUCCUAGUAAAUAUUCUGCUUUUUUUGUUCAAUGCUGUAGGUCAGCCCAACACACUAACCUCAUCCAGAACUAUGUCACCCUUGUGAAAAAUACUAAUAAUGGUCAUCUAAUGUAUAAUUAAGCUCCAUCUACCUUGUAUUUGUUGUAAUGUAAGCCACCCCACCUGUAUAACACAAUGCAUCACGUUCUCUCAAAAUGGUGGCACUGAAGACUCAUUUAGAGGUUUAUUACUAUUCACCCGACUAUUGGGACUGACUUCAUUACCAAAUAUGUCUACUACCCAUGGAUAACCGUUGAUCGUUGUCAUAGCCGUUAGGUAUUGGUACCAAGUGUGCCACAGCUUUCCCACAUGACUGACCUCAUCGUGAACAUGCCCUGGCUAGAAACUCACUCCCUGUGUUCUCUGGAGAAGCAAACUCAGGAAUACAUGGCUACUGCACACUUGACUUAGCAAGGGAUUGCUUCACAAAUGUCACAAUGCAAUUAUUUAUUUAUUUGUUACUAUUGUUUACUUCCAAAUUGUUUCCCCCUCCUAUAAUUACAGUAACCAUUGGCCUGCGCACUCUCCAUUUGGCUUGUCUGAAUAUCUUUAAAGUAGUGACUGGUGGAGUGAUGUGGGAGGGGCAUGUUUGCACUUUCUUGAUAUAUAUGGCCUAUAUCUCUCAUUCAAUCCCUCAGAUCAAUUUUGUGACACUGAAAGGUGAACCAAUGCUUUACCUCACCCAUUUAAGCUCAUUUAACCUCAUUGUCUUGGGUCUUUGUUUUUCUAGUCUAGGACAUCUUCAUUGUGAUCCUGUACCUCCUGGUUUUGUAGUCUUUUGCAUGUAGAUAUCUCAUCAAGUACUUUCCCUCUAGGGACUAAGGUGUGUGUGUGUGUGUGUACUGGACAGUUUUGGUUUAUCAGGUUGGAUCAUCUAUAUUAGUUUUCACAGGUCGGUAGAUGUGGUCUCUGUAAACCCCAUCUCUGGGAACGGAUUCCUUUUUUAUCGAUUCAUGUAGGACUGACACUCACCAGAUCAGGUUAGUUCUAAAGGAUAACAAUUGCAAAAAGGCUGUCUCCAACACUUAUGGGCGUCCCACCCGUGUGUUAAAGUAUGAGAUCGGAAAGAAAUGACCUACUAUUCUGUCCAGAGCAGGACUCCAACUCUUACUGCUGAAAUCCCUGUGUCAUCAGAGCAGACGUCAAAUGGGCUGUUAACUCCGUGGAAGGCCCCAUGUCUGUUCUAAUGUCAGUUGUGCGGUGAAUUACAGAUCCAGACCAGUUGUCUAACAACCCAGUGCUUUGGGAGAUUUUGGUUUGAGACCUGAAACUAAUUAUUGGCUCCUUUUCUGGCUUAAUUUUGUGAUUGGCGAUUGAGCGGGUUAUAAAGUUAUGCACUGUUCGCAUGCUUUGGUUUUAUUUAAUUUUUUUCACUGCAAGGGUUAUUUUGACCAUGUACAGUAAUUUGUAAACUUGCAUCAAGUUUAUGAAUAAAGAAUUUUAUUAAAUA